AUGGCACACCAAAGUGUGCCUCUGAGCAAGGACCAGUUCCUCUUCCAUUAUGAUAAUUUGUUACUGGCAAAGGGCCGGAAGGCAACAUAUUUGUGCUAUGAGGUGAAGCGUGAAAAUUCCCCUGACUUGACUGGAUUCUUUAAAAAUGAUCCCGUAGACCAUGCAGAGAUAAAGUUGAAGUCUUUCAUGGAAAAACUGCCUCCAGGAUGUUACACAAUCACAUGCUACUUGUCCUGGUCCCCUUGUGCUGAUUGUUGCAACAAGCUGGUGGAUUUCAUUAGAUUGGCGGAAAACAUGAAGCUUUGCAUCUUUGUGUCACGCCUCUACUACUGGGACAACAUGGAAAACAAAAACGGCUUGCAAGCGCUGGGAGACGCUGGCGUAGAGCUCAAAGUCAUGCACAAAGAAGAGUUUGAACACUGCUGGUUAACCUUUGUUGAUCAUCAGCAAGGGGAAUUCCCGGCUUGGGAUGACCUGGACCACAACUCGUAA